AUGCAGAAGAAGAGGAGAGGAGAGCAGGAGGGAGCAGAGAAGAAGAGAGCAGAGCAGGAGAGAGCAGAGAAGAAGAGAGUGGAGCAGAAGAGAGCAGAGAAGAAGAGAGUGGCGCAGAAGAGAGGAGAGCGGAGAAGAGAAGAGCCGAGCAGAGGAGAGAACAGAGCAGAGAAGGAGAGAAGAGAGCAGAGCAGAGAAGGAGAAAAGAGAGCAGAGCAGAGAAGGAGAACGCAGAGAAGGAGAGAAGAGAGCAGAGAAGAGCAGAGCAGAGAAGGAGAGAGCAGAGCAGAAAGCGUCUUCUCCAGCGACUCCCACUGA